AUGAUGGAAGAAGAACUCGCGCCCGAGGACGACAUCGUCCUCAACCUGCAGGCGAACCAGCCAUGGCGUGGACCGCCGAACGCGUCGCUGCUCCCUCUGGUGUCUUCUGAGAUGAUGCCCAAGAGCAUGGAAGAGACGUGGAUUGGGAGCAUGACGGGAAAACGAGGGAGGGAGGAGGGUAGGAUUGAGAGCAGCGACGUGGACCUGAGCAAGACAGCACGGGAUGUGGCCCUCGAGAAGCACAUCGAGUUUCUGCGGGCUGGACAAAAGUACACCUCCUCCCCGCACAUGCGCGCAGCCUACGAGGCCGAGAUCCGCGACCUUGAGCUGAAGCUGCACGAGCUCAGCAAGGCACAGGGCAUGCAGGGCGGCAUGUCUGCGAGAGGUCCAGGGCAGGAGAUGUCGCGGUGGUUGCCCACGAGCGUUCCCGUGCAGAAGCCCGCGGUCGCAUCCCCCACAACCGCUCGAGGAGGAAGCUACUCGUCGUCCUCCAUGCCUCCUCCGAGCAGCGCUGGUACGCGAGGCGGCAAGUUGACGGACUGGCAGAACUUUCCGAGUUACUCGGCGACCAGCUCGAGUCUGAUGCACAAGUGGGAGAUGCUGGCGGAGAUGGCGAGCA